GGCCGGCGUACAGCGGGUCGGGGAUCACAUCGCUGUGCUGGACACCAGGGAUCAACAGACAGCAUUCCUGGUUGGGUCGCGCAAGACGCGGUGCUCGAUCCGGCUCUGCGAUCUGCGGUCGCGCAACGGCGGCGACACGUUCCUGUACAUUGCGAAUCCCGGAAACAGCUCGUCGGGGUGUGCGACAGCAGGGACGGUGUAUGAUCUGCAGUUUGACCCGUUCAACAAUGCACGAUAUAUGGCUCACGACCGGCAGGGGAUCGUGAACAUGUGGGAUCUGCGGUGGGCCACGCAGGCGGUCCACCGGUUCGACAUUGGGAGUGGGCCAGUAGCCAAGGUCGAGUUCUCACCGCGGCGAUCCGGGUGCAUUGGUGUCAAGGUGAGCGGGCGAGACACAAUAGAUCUGUUCAGCGUCAAUGAAUACAGCAGCGGCAAGGUGGCGGUGAGUCGAGGGCCGACAGCCGACGCAUUCCAGGACGAAGCACGGCUCAAGGACCGGUACGACAGCGAUCCAGCAGCGCAGAUAGCAUCGGCACCACCCAAGGGUCUGCACAUCUGGACGCAACUCGAGGGGUCGACGCUGGCUGACAGCAGGCUGCUGCAGGGUCUGUUCCUGUGGGUGCCACCGGCGGCCAGCGCCAAGAUAGCAAAGCGAUACCAGCUGGCCACCAUUGGCAGCGACGGAGAGCCGCAUGCGUCGGUGCUGCCAAUACCGCGGCCGGGUGCGUUCAGCUGCCGCGGGGCGCUGGCGGUGGCCAACAACUGGGCGGCGCUUGACGGGGUGCUGGCAUCGAGCUUUGCGCAGCAGAAGAUGCACCACAUGGCGGUGGCAGAGAUGCAUGUGAUCACGCCCACCACCGGGCGCUCGCCGCCCACCGCCAGCCGCAAGCCAUCAGCACAAGCGGCGGCAGCGGCAGCUCCUCAUGGGACCGCUGGCAGUCUGCUGGCGCGGCGACAGCAGGCAGCGCGGCAGCAGAGCCUGGAUGGCAGGGACGCGGGCAGUGCACGACCAGCUCUCGGGGCUCAACCUGAACCUGGGCAACGCGGCGGCUCACACAACAAGCAGCUCGGCCAAGGUCACGUCGCCGCGCCUGUAUGAGCGGCUUGCAUCGGGGGCAGUGACGUUCAGUCCGGCGGUGGACGGGUGGGGGAACGA